AUUUCCAGAGCCUUCUGCGAAAUUCUGCGUCGAGCUGCGCCGCCGGCACACGUCCAGAAGUUUCGGUGUGUGGAAUCACGCGAGUCAUCCACGCGCAUUUGCUUUCCGGUGAACGGACGUGAACGUUGCUUUCGAGGUGUAGAGAGAGAGAGACAUAUAUAACCACGACGCACGUAAUGGAUCAGGUAACGUCAUUGAAAGUACGAGGAAACGCUGCUUUACAAGAGGGCAAGUUCGACGAGGCCGUCAAGUGUUACACAGAAGCGAUCGCUUUGGACAGCAACAAUCAUGUGCUCUACAGCAAUCGGUCGGCAGCGUACGCCAAGGCCGAGAAGUACAAGCAGGCCUUGGAGGAUGCGGAAAAAACGGUCGGUCUGAAACCGGACUGGGGAAAGGGUUACUCGCGCAAGGGCAGCGCCCUUGCUUAUCUGGGUAGGUACGAUGAGUCGAUCGCCGCUUACGAGAAGGGUCUCCAGUUGGAGCCGAACAACGCGCAGCUCGGGAACGGCCUGUCCGAGGUCAGGGCCCAGAGAACGGCGGCUGCCUCGAAUCCGUUCAAUUCGCCGGAUGUUCUCGUUAAAUUGUCGAACGAUCCCAGGACGAAGGGCUACCUGGCCGAUCCUGAUUACAUAAAACUGUUGCAAGAACUGCGGAGCAAUCCGCAAAGCCUCGGGACUAAGCUCCAGGACACCAGAGUGCUCACGACUCUGAGUGUGCUGUUAGGGAUGAGCAGCGACAUGGAGGAGGCGAUGGAGACUGAGCCGACAAUGCCGGAGCCGGCGAAAUCAAAGCCGGAGAAGAAGGAGGAGGAGAGCCUGCCGGCGGAGAAGAGGAAGGCCCUCGAGGAGAAAAAUCUCGGUAACGUUGCGUACAAGAAGAAAAACUUCGACGAGGCGCUGCAGCACUACAACACGUCCGUGGAGUUGGACCCGACGGAGAUCAUUUACCUGCUGAAUAUAGCGGCGGUGUAUUUCGAGCAGAAGGAGUACCAGAAAUGCAUCGGCCAGUGCGAGAAGGCGAUCGAGAUCGGCCGUGAGAACAGAGCGGAUUUCAAGCUGAUAGCCAAGGCGUUCACCAGGAUCGGUCACGCUUACAAGAAGAUGGAGAACUGGAAGCAAGCGAAGGUGUAUUACGAGAAGUCCAUGUCGGAGCAUCGAACACCGGAGAUCAAGACCUUGCUCUCGGACAUAGACAAAAUCAUCAAGGAGGAGGAGAGGAAGGCGUACAUCGAUCCGGUGAAGGCCGAGGAGGAGAAGGAGCUCGGUAAUCAGAAGUACAAAGAUGGCGACUAUCCCGCGGCGAUAAAGCACUACUCGGAGGCGAUCCGACGUAAUCCGGACGACCCCAAGUAUUACAGCAAUCGGGCGGCCUGUUACACGAAGUUGGCCGCUUUCGAUCUCGGGCUGAAGGACUGCGAGAAAGUCGUCGAGCUCGAUCCGAAGUUCAUCAAGGGCUGGAUCAGGAAAGGGAAGAUCUUGCAAGCUAUGCAGCAGCAGGGCAAGGCGCUGACGGCGUAUCAGAAGGCGUUGGAAUUGGAUCCGCAGAACAGCGAAGCACUGGACGGUUACCGCUCCUGUGCCGUGUCCGCCACUUCUAAUCCCGAGGAAGUCAGGAAGAGAGCAAUGGCGGACCCGGAGAUACAAAGUAUACUGCGAGACCCGGCGAUGAGAUUGAUCCUAGAACAAAUGCAGAGCGAUCCACGGGCCCUGCAAGACCACUUGAAGAAUCCUGACAUAGCGGCUAAGUUGCAAAAACUUUUAGAAUCUGGUCUCAUAGCUAUUCACUGAAGACAUACAUGCUAAACCAUCAUGGGAUACUUAUCGUCAUACUGCUCUUGAAAAGGAAAAAAAAUCUGUGUUCAAAAUGUUAUUUGAAGUAGAAGUUACGUUGUACACACGGAUUCUUUCGAUGCGGACGCAGUGGCCUUUAGUGUCAUCGACGAUCUUUCCAUCGUGAAUCUUGUCACAGUGAUCAUAUAUGUAUACCGAUACGUGCAUACAACUCAAUGCGUGAAGUUCUGAAAGUGUAAACAGGGAUUUAAAAAGAGUGUGUAACCGGUGGAGCUGUGGACUCUUGUGUAAUAUUUACAUAAAAAAAAAGAAAGAAAACUUACAAUUAGAUCCGUU